AUGGCCUCUCCGCAUGUUCACGAGGACAGCCCCACCCAGAUCCGGGUCCUGCAUGCAACUCUGCCCUGGAGCCCUUACAAUGAGCCAUAUCCUUCCAGCGCUUUGGCCGGUGGACAUGCGUUGUGUGUGACUCCGGGGAGGCCGUGUCUAAGGUCUCUUCCCACUAGACGAGUGGUAGACAGAGGUCCCCUUUGUCCCUCAUACUCUUACCCCUGGGGACUUACAGGACUGCAGUGUGGACCACCCCUGCCGUGGAGACAUGCCAGAUGGCCUCUCUCUAUGGAGAUGUCUCAGUACCGGGACCAUGAUGAGAAAAUUUUUACUACUGGAGAUAUCAACAAAGAUGGGAAACUGGAUUUUGAAGAAUUUAUGAAGUACCUUAAAGACCAUGAGAAAAAAAUGAAAUUGGCAUUUAAAAGUUUGGACAAAAAUAAUGAUGGAAAAAUUGAGGCUGCAGAAAUUGUCCAGUCUCUCCAGACCCUGGGUCUAACUAUUUCUGAACAACAAGCGGAGUUGAUUCUUCAGAGCAUUGAUGCUGAUGGGACCAUGACAGUGGACUGGAAUGAAUGGAGAGACUACUUUUUAUUUAAUCCUGCAACAGACAUUGAGGAAAUCAUCCGUUUCUGGAAACAUUCUACUGGAAUUGACAUAGGGGAUAGUUUAACCAUCCCAGAUGAAUUCACGGAAGAUGAAAAAAAGUCGGGGCAGUGGUGGAGGCAGCUCUCGGCAGGAGGCGUGGCAGGGGCUGUCUCUCGAACAAGCACGGCCCCUCUGGACCGCCUGAAGGUCAUGAUGCAGGUUCACGGUUCAAAAUCAGACAAAACGAACAUAUUUGGUGGCUUUCGACAGAUGGUGAAAGAAGGAGGUAUCCGUUCCCUUUGGAGGGGAAAUGGUACCAAUGUCAUUAAAAUUGCUCCUGAGACAGCUGUUAAGUUCUGGGCAUAUGAACAGUACAAGAAAUUGCUUACUGAGGAAGGACAGAAAAUAGGAACCUUUGAGAGAUUUAUUUCUGGUUCCAUGGCUGGAGCAACUGCGCAGACAUUUAUCUAUCCCAUGGAGGUUAUGAAAACCAGACUGGCUGUAGGCAAAACUGGACAGUACUCUGGAAUGUAUGACUGCGCCAAGAAGAUUUUGAAGCGUGAAGGCUUGAGAGCUUUUUACAAAGGUUACAUUCCCAAUUUAUUGGGCAUCAUACCUUACGCAGGCAUAGAUCUUGCUGUGUAUGAGCUCUUGAAGUCCUACUGGCUAGAUAAUUUUGCCAAGGACUCUGUAAACCCUGGAGUCACAGUUUUGCUGGGAUGUGGUGCCUUAUCCAGCACCUGUGGCCAACUGGCCAGCUACCCCUUGGCUUUGGUGAGAACACGCAUGCAGGCUCAAGCCAUGGUGGAAGGAGCCCCACAGCUAAACAUGGUUGGCCUCUUUCGACGAAUAAUUUCCAAAGAAGGAAUCCCAGGACUCUACAGAGGCAUCACCCCGAACUUCAUGAAGGUGCUCCCUGCCGUGGGCAUCAGUUAUGUGGUUUACGAAAACAUGAAGCAAACGCUGGGAGUAACCCAGAAAUGAUAGUUGCAGUUUUGGCCUUAGCAUGAUGAUGAUGGAAAUCGUCAGCAAUCCCUGGUGUGACUUUUUCUCCAGAAAUUGCAACAAGUCUGUGGUGAAUGAAGCUGUAUUUUUAUUUUUUCAUAAAAGGGAAGCGCGUAACUGAUCACUUCAAACAUUUGGGCUCCAUUUUAUAUAUACAGAAUGUUACAAAUCAUAGUUUUAAUGAGUUUUGAAAAGACCUCAAGACUGUACUUUAUUUUUUCUUGUGAGUCUUUCUGCAGAUCUCUGCCCUGAAUCCUAAAUCUGAAAAUGUACUUGCUUGAAAAUGUUUUGUGUGGUAGAAUUAUAAAUCAUCUAUCUUUACUUUGGUUGGUUCAAGUGUAUAUGCCAAUUCCUUUAGACUUAAAUGUCUUGUUUUAUCUGUUUUGAAUGUCUUUAUAGACUUCUUAACAUUUCUUUGUGAACCAUUAAUAGAAAAUUAUUGCUUUUAAAAUAUCCCUGACAGUAGCCACAUAAGCGUAGGGUUUAUAUCCUUAGGUUUCUUUAAACUGAACAAUAAUGAACAUAUGUGACAGAAAUUUGUAAGGAGUGAUUAAAUAAUACUUAUUUCAGCGGGUACUUUUUCAUUUUACCUGCAUUGUUAUUUGGUUCCUGGAAUUAGAUGCUGAUUUGCAGUAUAUUGCUGUUAAAUUCCCAACACCAGACAACUUGUUUGAAAGAUUCUGUUUAUUCUGUCAUGACUUUGAAAAGUAGCAGGAAACAAAAACCCCUCGACUUGUGUGGGCUUCUGAAGAGUUCUUUUUUCUUGGUGUUUUGUUUCCUCCUUUUUGAAUCAGAUUCUCUUUUAAUCAGGAAGGUGUCUUGGGACCAUUCUUAGUCAUCUGAAAUGUCUCUUUCAUUACAUGAAGUGGGUUGACCAUGGGCGAAUGACACGCUUAGUCCCCCUCACUGCUGAAUUUCUUUGAACCUGACCCCCUCAACUUGGGCAGCGCCAAGCUGAGAGUUGCUUGUGAAGAGUCACAGGUAUUGCCUUGUGCAUGGAUACCUGUCUUCAGAUGCAAGGCCCCAUCUGUGAACAGGCACAUUUGCAUUCUCUCUUGCCCCAAGUUUUAAGGACACGUUAUGAUUUGGAAAACUUAAUUUAUAAUAGUGAUAGCAUUUUUUAUUUUACUAAAGCCCUAUUUGUAGUCAGCUGUCUUAUUUGUGUGAUUAGAAAUUAGAAAAAUAUUUAUUAGUUGAAAUGAUUCUUACCAUUUUUUUAGUUUAGUUCCUAAACUUGUUAGAUUUCUAAUAAUUUCUCUAAAUUGCCAACAUUUUAAUGAAAAUCUAGUGACAUAAUAGGCCUUUGCUUUAUUUGAACCUACCUCUUUUAUUUUCUGAACCAAAGAGAAAAGAUGAAUUUGUAUUUGUGAAAUAUCUUCAAACAUAUAGUUUUAGAUUAGUUAUACCUGAUACAUAGCUCAAUAUUUUUAUAUGAUAAGCAUGGGACUCUAUCUUGGGGGUUAUAUGUACUUCUGAGUAAUGCAUACAGUGGCAAUAUUAAGGUACAUGACUAGCCAUUUCUGUUUUUACUCAUAGAAAUUAUGGAAGUGAAUAAUUUUGUUAUCGUGUUUGAAAUUUCAGACUGCUGGAAAAUAGUCAUUAUUCAUGAAUUUAAAUUGUUCCCCAUUGAACAUUUGUAAGGUAUGAAUGUGAUUUGCCUGUGCAUCUUGUAUCUUUUGAAAAAAGUGAUUUUAUGUCUUUUGGAAAAAAGCCCAGAGUUGAAAAUAGUUUAUUUCUGGCACUACUGCAUAUUUACUUGCAGUUUUUAUUAAAAAAUAAAUGUGUUUUUGAC